CUAAUGGUCUGCGGAGGAAGGGGUCUGUCUACAAAUGUACCGUUGACUGGAUUGUUUAUGUUGCAGGGUUACAGCACUGAGCUAGCCGAAGAGAUGCCUGCGUGAUUCGGUUAUAUCUCGAAUAGUAGGGAACCACGUACCUGGAGAUUCAGGUGAACUGGUGCUGCAACAAAGCUCAUCUUGUCUCCUUGUUCGUCUGUGAAAUGUGGUGAUGGUGGGGUUGAUGAUAAAUGUGUGAGGAGAAAGCCCCUGUGGUCUCUCUUGGUCCACCACACACUUCCUCAUGGAUUCCAGCAAUGACGAGGCACUUGAUAUCAUUGUCACCAAUGUGGUGGCGACCUUCAGGACCAGGUGCCACCUCAACUUGCGCACCAUUGCCUUAGAGGGAACCAACGUCAUCUAUAAGCCAGAAGUAGGGAAAGUCCUGAUGAAGCUUCGUAAGCCCAAGAUAACAGCCUCCAUCUGGUCCUCAGGGAAAAUCAUCUGCACUGGAGCAACAAGUGAGGAUGAGGCAAAGCUGGGGGCUCGCAGGUUAGCACGCUGUCUGCAGAAACUUGGCUUCAAGGUGAGGUUUUCAGCCUACAGAGUUGUGAAUGUGCUGGCAGUGUGCUCCAUGCCGUUUGCAGUCCGCCUCAUAGACUUCACUAAGAACAACCGUCCCAUUGCCAGUUAUGAACCAGAGCUCCAUCCCGCUGCCACGUAUAGGAUCAAACAUCUCAAGGCUACUAUACAGGUGUUCUCUACUGGCAGCAUCACAGUUACAGGACCAAACGUGCAGAAUGUUGCCACAGCUGUUGAGCAGGUCUACCCACUACUGUUCGAGUGUCAGAAACCCCUCUGCAAAAGUUAAAGACAGAAGAAACAAAGGGAAAGCGAAGUCAUGUCUGAUUAAUUUGUUAAAAGUGAGGAAGCACCUUAUCCUUGGAUUUAUUUGCUUGAUUUUAUUGUCACGAGGCAACGGCCACAAACUUCUAACGUGAUCAAUGACCGGAUGUCACCUGGAUUUGAAAAUAUUCUCAACAACCGUAGUAGGAGUCUCAAAACUUCACGCUCACAAAAUGUCCUUGUUGUUGUGGAUUGUGUGGCCGUUGUGAUUUCACAGCCUAAACGUGCAAGCAUGAUUUUCAAACUUAAGUGGAAACUGCUCCUCCAAACCCGACUGCCACUGAAGAGGAUGGAAGUCAUUUGCUUUAUUUUGCUCUGGGUGUUUUUGCAUGGACAAAGAAAGACCAGUUUUCAACAAUCUAACCAUUUUAAUGCUUGACAGUGGUGAACACUGAGAGGAGUCAGUAUGUUAACACUGAGAAGCCUCACCUUUUAAUCCUAUACACAAGUAACCCCGUUUGACACUUUCUCUGGAAGAUUCUCCGUCCAUGGCUCGUUUGUACAUGUUAACAUUAAUCCAAGGGCAUCCACUGUAUGACCAGUAGUUUUGCUCAAAGGAGGAAAACAGCAUUCAGACCAUAGACUGAGUCUGUACUGUUACACAUGUAUACAAAGUAAGAGCAUGUCCUUAUGCAGAUACACAUACACAUAUUCGCUCUUAAGAUGCAUUAAUCUCUGAUUUUAAUUGUUGUAUUCUCUCAUUUCCUUACUGUGUUUGGUCGUCAGUUUAAUAUAAGUUUGUUCUCCUUCAUCAACUGUGGCAUUGGAUCAGAAUGCACACACACAUUGUUUGGUUUCAUUUCUUGCCAUUUUAUAAUAAGAUCCAACACAAGGAGAACUUAAACCUAAUAUUUAGUUUUUUUUGGUUCAGACAGUGUACAGUUCAGAGCAAGACUGAUGGCCUAAAUGUUUUGGGAUGUAGUGACAACUUUUGAAAGGUUCAGGUAUGUUUUAUUUUUCAGGUGUUGUUGAGCCAUAGACGCCUCUUUCACUCUCACACUAAAAAAAAUGCUGAUUAGUGGUACUGAGACAAGGCAAGAUAUUCAAAAUGAGCUUUUUAGCAGGUAGAGGAAUAAAAAGUUUUUAAAACACUGUCCACAAUUGAUAGCGGUUAGCUUAGCAUUGUCACCCGUUGAGAGGUUUCACGAUACACUUCAUGUCAGUUUUUGAAGCAGCAUAAGACCAUGAAUGGUUUUUCGAAGAGGCUUCCAACAUCAGCCAGUACCUGAAUCGUCUGAAAAACAAACCCUUUGUAGAAUACUGUUCUCUUAAACUAAAAAAAUAAAAACAAACCUAGUGAGAGGCAACGUAUAUGUAUGUAUAUAAUAAAGGCAUCUGAUGGAAAAGAUGUUCACAAAAACGUUGACACGUCUCAAGUAUGUGGGAUGGACUAGCUGAAACUGGAGAUUUGAGACACUUUCAGAAUUUUGUAUUUUGUAUAAAAAUAAAGGUUAAUGAUAAAAGAGG